GCGCCCAUAACCAUGCUCAAUAGUCGCCAUUUCGGUCAACGACACCGUCCACAACGUUCUGCUCAGGCGUGCAUCAGGUUGCCUCAGGCGUCAGGUCUACCAGCAGUCUUGCAACGAGGUUAUACCACUGCUACCGUGUACUCUAAGGUCUUGCUGGCUGUCGGGCUUCACUCUUUCUGGCAAAAACAUUCUGCAACUGGUCCUCGUGCACAUCAGUGAAACUCCGUAAUUCUUCCCGACCAGUCUUAGCAUUCAUAGACAUAAAUACAACAUUCGAUAGCUGUCAAAUCCAAUGGCGAAUCCACGUUCUUUACAACAUUCACACUCGCAGCGGAUUGCAGCGCAGCUGCCCUUCUCUCCUAGUCCAUCUACCAAUAGCGUUGGCUCGCAACGUCGGAAUCCAGCGACCCCGGGAAAACCCAGUAGUAUUCCACCACAUAUUUCACUUCAUGCAAGGUCAGGUUCCGCGGUAUCGUCUCGUUCACGGAAUGCACCAAGCAAUGUGACUACCUCCGGAGAGCCACCGUAUGGUCUUCCGACGAUCCCUGAUUCACCACCGCGUCCCACUCCAAAUGGAACAUUCGUUUCGGGCGUAACACCUUCGACGCCGUUCUUUAAUUAUUCCAGGCCCAAUAUUCCGACUUCACCUCCGCCGCAAGUACCACCUGCUCUCUCGCUACCGCGUCCUGGAAGCCCCGGGUCGAUCAUUUCCUCCGAGGCACAUGCGCUGACCCCAGUCCAUUUGGGACAACUAUCUAAAGAAGAGUAUACUCAAGAUUCUGACGUAUCUGAUAGCGUCAACCCAUCCACGGAGGAUCUUAAUCAUGCUCUGCAAGCGACACAGAAGACGACGUCUACCAAGCAUAGCCGGGAGCCGUUACUUCCAAUUGGUCCACGGUUAAUGCAAAGGCCUGGUGUACCUCGUCCUUCUAUAACCGUCACUUCAGGGCCAUAUGGAAAGAGCGACGGUAAUAUCAGUCCGGGUGGGAGGAUGAGGGAUAGUUUUGAGAAGAUGUUCAAGAGGCGACAGAGUACCGAGAUUCAGAGGAAGGCAGGACCUAGCAACGGUAGUCCGCAUAGUCCGUACCACCCUCGAUCAGCACAGAACUCACCCAUCUCGCUAUCACCCGCGAAUGGACGUUUGACAUUUGAAGUAUCGGAUGAGGACGGUGGUAUUUUGUCUGCAGCAUCACGCUACAAGGGCAGCUCGUCUCCUGGUCACGCAUCGUCCAUAUCCUUCACUCACAUGUCUUUCAAUCCUAUCGCUCCGACGGACAUCAACCCACCGUUAGCUGAAACCCCACUACUGGACGAGAAGACUAGAAAGCCUAUGCAUCGGUAUCAGCUAUACCCUUCGCGGAAUAGAUUUUUCCUUGGAGGGCGCAUUCUUACGGGAGGCGAUUCGCCGUGGGCGUUCAUAGCUUCGUUGAUUGUGGUGUUGGGAAUCACUGGCGUUUGGUUCGGUACGACAUGUGUAUGGUGGUGGCUGAACGAGAGCCCCGCUGUCGCUGCAGUCGGGGCGUAUAUGUGUUUAUUGACUAUCUCUAGCAUGUGUGCGACGGCCUUUCGUGAUCCCGGUAUUCUACCUCGGAAUCUCGAUCCUGAUCCGCCGUUCCCUGCGCCAACUGGGUCGCAAGAUAGUUUUCGUGCCCCAUUGCCUCGAGACUUGCGCGUUCGCGCGGGAACAGUGCGAGUGAAAUAUUGCCCCACAUGUAGGACAUAUCGACCCCCACGGUCUAGUCAUUGCAAAAUGUGCGACAAUUGCGUUGACAAUUGUGACCAUCAUUGCCAAUGGGUGAAUAAUUGUGUUGGUCGUCGUAAUUAUACUACCUUCUUCACAUUCCUUUUCUCUGCCGUCCUAACGCUGAUCCUCGUCAUUUGUACGACGGCUAUCCACCUUUGGCUAUUGACAAGACCAAGAUUUGGGUUGAGCUUCAAGCAAGCUCUUGGAACAUCGCAGGGCAUAGGCAGCGCGGUGGCCUUUAGCAUGUCCAUUCUGGUCAUCUGGCCGGUUUCAGCGCUCUUAGCCUACCAUUUGCGGGUAAGUUCUGGUUCUAGUGGAAUCCUUGACCCAAGGACAGCGUCACUUUUCUGCUGCGGUCAGCCCUACGCUAUAGAUUCGCGAGUGCUAACUGCGGACUUUGUUCUCCCUUGUAGCUUCUUUUGUUGAACGUUACGACUAUUGAACAGAUUCGAAACCAAGCACACAAAACGCUGGUACCAGGGCCUCCUCCCCCCAACCCAUUCUCGCAUGGGAAUUGGCGGAGGAAUUUGUUUUAUGUGUUGUGUCGUCCGGUAGGGUACUCGUGGCUUGAUCCACGAGGGAUCGCUACGGAGGAUAAGCGAGAGAUUAAUCCUGGGCUGCUGGAUGACCAUUUCCAGGCGGCUAUGGAAGAAGGUCAUGGGCGGGGCAAGGGCCAAUGACAUCGGUACACGGAGAUUGGGAAGACUUGAACAGUUGUGUUCGUUCUUUUUCCCGUGAGAUUGCAUAUUGCAUUAUAGAUAUUUGCAUUUUUUGCUGUUCUGCCCGUAUUUUUUUUCAUAUGCAGAGCUUAUACUGGUACCGACGCAGUUGGUUGAUUCGGGAAGCGAACCUAACAAGGGGGAAAACAAAGGAAGGAUAUUGACGUUAAUGGAAGACAAAGGCAGGUCUGCUGAGCAAUUCAAACCUUCAUUCUAGUUCAGUGCCGCUGAAUCAGAUUAGAUAUGGGUGAGAACAUAAUACAGAAUGGGUGCAUAGGGAUGUCCGCAUUGGAACAGAUGGGGCAGCUGAGGGCCGGUUAAACCGCUGGAAGAGGAGAAAAUACACAUGUGUUGUUGUCUAAAUGAGGUUCUGAUAGGUAACAACGAGGACAGCAGGACAUGUUGACGGAGGAGUUGGACACGGACAAGUUCCGAUCCUCGGGAUGCCAGUUUCCUUGGUAUUGGCUUAGCCUUGGGGGUUGCUGCGUCACUGCAGCGUCACUGCGUAAGAGGGUGAAGAUUCUGCAGUGGCAGGUUGACUGUACGUGGGUUGGAUUUCCAUGCCCGUCGUCGGAGUAGGUUGUGGGUUCGUUCGAAGGUGUCUGUGAGCGGCGAAUCUGCCAUGAAAGCUUGGAACAAGAGCGGUGAUCGGUUACAGUGCUCGUAUAUAAAGAUAUUAUUACUCUUGUCUGUCGCUUGUUGUACUACAGGGGCGCUGAUCAGGCGAGCGAUGUCGAUGAGGGUCUUCAGGACAUGCAUAACUUUGGACGAUGGCAGUCAGGGCGGACUUGGUAAAUUAAUUGAGAGCUAUUUCGAGGAGAGUGAGAUCUGGAUCUGCAUGAGGUAAUCUGACCCCUGAAAGUGCCUGCGAGUGACGACGUUGAUGCGGGGGCAGUUCAGGGUCCAAC